AUGGCCCCCUCCGACCCCGUUAAUCCCCCGGGUACCCCCGCCCCCUCCCUUCUCGAAGGCCGUCUCUGGGUCGACGGCUGCUUCGACUUCUUCCACCACGGCCACGCCGGCGCCGUCGUGCAGGCCCGCCAACUCGGCACCGAGCUGUACGUCGGCGUGCACUCGGACGAAGCCAUCCUCGAGAACAAGGGGCCCACAGUCAUGACGCUGCGCGAGCGUCUGCUCGCCACCGACGCCUGCCGGUGGGUGACCAAGUCGGUCGCCUAUGCGCCCUACGUCACGCAGCUGGACUGGAUCAGCCAUUUCGGGUGCAAGUACGUGGUGCACGGGGACGACAUCACGUCCGACAGCUCGGGCGAGGAUUGCUACCGGUUUGUGAAAGCGGCGAAUCGGUUCAAGGUGGUUAAGCGCACGCCGAGUAUCAGCACCACGGAUUUGGUGGGGAGGAUGCUGUUGUGCACGCGGACGCAUUUCAUCAAGGAUUUGGAAAAGAUGUUGGAAGGGGAGGAAGGGAAUGGGACGGCGGAGGAGAAGAAGAAGGUUGGGGAGGAGAUGAAGGAGAGGAUCCGGCUGUACGCGACGGACGAGACGGCCAAGAACCCCGGGGCGAAUGUGUGGUUUUGGAAGGGGGAGGAGAAGAAGAAGAAGAAGGAUGAGGGCAAGGAGGAGAAGGGGGUGUUUAGGGAGUUGUUUGGGGGGAUUGGACCCAAGCCGGGGCAGAGGGUUGUUUAUGUGGAUGGAGGGUUUGAUUUGUUCUCGAGCGGACAUAUUGAGUUCCUGAGGCUGGUGACGCAGAAGGAGGAGGAGCUGGCGCGUCAGGAGGGGUGGUAUUCGCAGCAGGCGAUUGACGAGAGGAAAGGCAAGGGUGCGGAUUACGGUCCGGCAUUUGUGGUGGCUGGUGUUCAUGAUGACGAGGUCAUCAACCGCGAAAAGGGCGUGAACUAUCCCAUCAUGAACGUCUUUGAGCGUGGUCUCUGCGUUUUGCAGUGCAAGUACAUCAACGCCGUCGUUUUCGGCGCUCCCUUCAAGCCAACCAAGGGCUAUCUCACCUCUCUUCCCUGGGGCACUCCUGAUGCGGUCUACCACGGUCCGACCUCGUUCAUGCCGCACACCGAAGACGUGUACGCGGUUCCUAAGGAGAUGGGCAUCUACAAGGAGAUUGGCCAACACGAGUACAAGGACGUGAAUGCCGGCACCAUCGUCCAGAGAAUCAUGAAGAGCAGGGAUCUCUAUGAGGCUCGCCAGAAGGCCAAGGGCAUGAAGGCCGACAUCGAGGCCGCCCACCGGGAGCGCGAGUUGCUGGAGGAGGAGCAGAGGAAGAAAGAGGAGGCCAUCGCCGCGCAAAAGGAGUAG